UUGUUAAUGGAGUGUAGCAGUUUUAAAACUACAAAUCCCAUCCUAUUUGAAGUUCAAAGCCGAACGAAGUCAUGAGCAGCCGCAGAUUAGCUAAAAGACGUAAAUAUUUGGAGCAGUCUGAGUUGUUAUCGCUUCUGACUGACAGACAAUAGCUGUUCUGCUUUAGUUCAUGUGGACGGAGGAUUCAGAAGCAGACUGCAUGUAGCGACUGUGUGAUGUGCUCUUGGUGUUGCAUCGUGGCGAGAGAGGCUGGCAGAGACAGGCGUGUUCAUUUCUAAUGCGCGCAGCACGGAUGAGUUGGGGACUAUGCUGUGCCCAGAAGAGGAGAUUAGUGCUGGGUGUCCUUGUCCUGUUGCUUGUGGACGUAAUCUGGGUUGCUUCAUCCGAACUCACCGUAUAUGUGUUUGUGCAGCAGCAGUACAGCAAGCCAUUUUUCAGCACGUUCAUGAAGACCUCGAUGUUCAUACUGUACCUGCUGGGCUUUCUGUUCUGGAAACCAUGGAGACAGCAGUGUGCAACCCAACAGCAACGUGCCAUAUCUAUUUCUGAUGCUGAAUUAUAUGUGACUGCUGGUGAUACUGAAAAGAGCUAUAAUGCAUCACUGAGUGAGCCUCUGUAUGUGCCGGUGAAGUUUCAGGAUGUUCCCGAUAACAGCGUCAGUCGAGAGUCUAAGACUCCUGUGAAAAAGCAGCGUGUGAGGUUCAGCAAUGUGAUGGAGGUCCGGGAACUUCCUCACUCACAAGCUUUAGAAGCCAAGCUAUCUCGCAUGUCUCACACUGCCACCUCACUCAGGAUUAUGGGAAAACUUAGCAUCAGUGCUGUGGCCAAAAUCAGCUUCUUCUACUGUUUUGUGUGGUUCUUGGCUAAUCUGUCCUAUCAGGAGGCUUUGUCAGACACACAGGUGGCUAUUGUAAACAUUGUAUCCUCCACCUCAGGCCUCUUCACUUUGAUCUUGGCCUCCAUAUUUCCCAGCAAUAGCAGUGAUCGCUUCACACUUUCCAAGCUGCUUGCUGUGAUUCUCAGCAUGGUGGGCGUAGCUGUGGUCAGUUUCUCAGGAAUGGACAGUUCUGCUGGAAAAGACAUUAUUGGUUCUCUCUGGUCUCUGCUGGGGGCGUUCCUAUACGCCGUCCUCAUCGUUGUGCUAAAGAGAAACGUUGACCGAGAGGAGAAGCUUGAUAUCCCAAUGUUUUUCGGCUUUGUGGGCUUGUUUAGCCUGCUGAUGCUGUGGCCUGGCUUCGUGCUGCUGCAUUAUUCUGGGUUGGAGAAGUUUGAGAUGCCUAAUGGGAUGGUAAUCGGCUACAUCCUCAUCAACGGCCUGAUCGGGACUGUGCUCUCUGAGUUCCUCUGGUUAUGGGGCUGUUUUCUCACUUCAUCUCUAAUUGGGACGCUGGCUCUGAGUUUGACAAUUCCACUAUCCAUCCUGACUGAUAUAUUCUUGCAGAAGGUGAGUUUCUCCUGGUUAUUCUUUGCUGGAACAAUCCCAGUUUUCCUCUCCUUUUUCCUGAUUGCACUCCUGAGCCACUACAAUAACUGGGACCCGGCGAUGGUGGCUCUGCGGAGAGUUUUCUCCUUCAUCUGCCGCAGGCACCGAACUCACAGAUCAGCAGAGGACAGUGAGCAGUGCGAGAGUCUCAUCCCUUUACAGAGCUCAGCCCUUGAUUACAGAGGGUUUUGCUCUUGAUUAACAGUUUAAGAGGAACAGAGAAGCAGCAAAUGACAAUCUGAAACCUGCCAUUGUGCCUCGUAUCACUUCUUCCUCCACUUCACUGAAGACCCUGUGAUUGACCACAUCCUUGUUUUGUUGGCUCAUCAGGGCCAGAAACCACACCCAGGCAAGCAGCUUUCAACAGCUGUGAUUAAUGAUCCAGAAACACUGACUGACUUCUCACUCAUAGUGUCACUGAAAGAGCUUUUUCUAACCGAAAUAGGAUUGUGUAUGUGUCCGUGUGUCUGUGUUUGAUCAUCAGUGUAUCAAAAUAUGUCUGAUUUGUGUUAUUAAAUUAAUACACAUUUUGUAGUUAUAUGUUAAAUAGAUUGAUAUACAGACAGAUUUGCUGGUUUCAAAUCACUAUUUAUCCCAUGAAGUACAAAUAGCCUAUUAUCUUUUUAAUCUUUGUACUGUAGAUAGAGUCUAGAUGUCAAGGCCGUGCAUGAUCUAUUUCACCAAUGAAACAAGACACUAAACCGUGAAACAUGGUCAUUACCUUUUUUUGUGUGUAUAUACAUUUUCAUUUAAAGUAUGAAUUGCCAAGUGCAAUCCCAACCAAUUAAACACUAUUGAGCAUAA